AUGGCGGCAAAAACGGGAGGUUGCUCGGCGCCUUCUCAACUGGACGCCAUCAUUGCGCGCGGCCACCUCAAGGUUGGGAUGACGGGUGCAUACAAGCCCUUUUCUUACCUCGACCCCGACUCAGCUUCCAACUCGUCGUCUUCGGGCUACAUUGGCGCCGAUGUAGACAUGGCCAAGUCGCUAUCUCAGGCCAUGGGCUUGACCAAGGACCCCGAAUUUGUGCACGCCACAUUCGCCAACAUGACAACCGAGAUCAACGAGGGCAGGUACGACAUUGGCAUGACGGGAGUCUCGAUAACGCUGGCCCGGGCCCGCUUGUGCUUUUACUCGAACCCACUGAUCAGGGUCGGCAAGGUGGCGACGGUGCGGUGCGAGGAUGCGUCCAAGUACCAGUCUCUGGCGGCGAUUGACGUCGAGGGCGUGCGUGUGGCGACGCCAUCUGGCGGCAGCAACGAGGUGUUUGAUCGGGCAAACCUCAAAAAGGCCGAGAUCCUCGUCUACACCGAGACCGACAAUAACAUCAUCUUCCAGGCCGUCGUGGACAAGAAGGCCGACGUCAUGAUCACGGACAGGGUCGAGGCGGAGCUCCAGGCCAAGAUGCACCCCGGUGUCCUUUGUGCCGUCAACCCGGAGGAGCCGUUCAGCUUCGAGGAGAUUGGGUACAUCAUGAAGCGGGACGUGGUGCUGCAGCAGUUUGUCAACCAGUGGCUCCAUGUCCAACAAGGCAGUGGUGCCUGGAACCGGACUUUGCAGAGUUGGAUGGACUACCCAUGGCCACACACCUGA